AUGAGUCGUCAGAAGUUAAAAUUUUUUUGUGACGCGGCAUCGGUUCAAUUCUCGUUAGGUUGCACUUCCCAUAGGAACUUCAAGCUGCUAAUUCCUUUGCAACCAGCAGUCAUCAACGUCAACCUCAACACAAAACCAUCAUUUGUUUUGUCAAACUCAACCCGACAUCCACUUUGUGUUCCUUUGUCUUCUACCAUAAGUCAACGUUUUCUGCAUGUAAAUAAUCAAAAAAGAAAUCCAGAUUUAACAAUACUGAGUGAAGCUGAUCACCAGUCACUUGCAGUUCGAUUCGUCAGCGCCUGUCCAGAACCUGUGCAGCCAUACUUACGACUGAUGAGAAUUGAUCGGCCUAUUGGAACAUGGCUGGUGUUUCUACCUUGUGCUUGGAGCAUAACUUUAGCUUCACCCGCUGGACAGCUACCAGAUCUAAAGACACUAAUAUUGUUUGGGCUGGGUUCAUUCUUUAUGAGAGGGGCUGGCUGUAUUAUCAAUGAUAUGUGGGACAAAGAUUUUGACUCUAAAGUUGAAAGAACGAAAUUACGUCCAAUAGCUAACAACCAAGUAACGAGGUUCAAAGCAUUGUGUUUCUUAUCAAUUCCUCUCUCCAUAUCCUUCUCAAUCCUUCUAACAUUUAACUGGAACACAAUUGGUCUGGGCGUGUGUUCGUUGGCUCCGUGUGUUAUUUAUCCACUUGCAAAGAGGUUUACUUACUGGCCACAAGCCUUUCUAGGGAUAACCCAAGGUUGGGGUAUUUUGAUAGCCUGGUCAGAAAUAUAUGGCUCAUUAACGUGGCCUACCCUAGCCCUCUAUACAUCAGGGGUGUUUUGGACCAUGACAUAUGAUACUAUAUAUUCAUGCCAGGUUUUUGCAUUGUUGUGUCUUUGCUAUUUAAUCUGUUUGGUGUUUAACUGGGGGGCCGUAAUGGGCUGGAGCGCCGUCUGUAAUACAUUUCAGUGGGCCAUGGUUUCUAUGUAUAUAACUUCAAUUGCGUGGACCUUACUUUAUGACACUAUUUAUGCCUUCCAAGAUAUAGAAGAUGAUUUGAAAGUGGGUGUAAAAUCUACAGCUAUUAAAUUUGGAGAGAGUACAAAGUACUGGCUGGCAGGCUUUGGGAGCAUAGUAGUAGGAGGAUUGACAACGACUGGCAUCCUAUGCGACCAACCGUGGCUCUACUAUCUGGGAGUUGCUGGUUUUGCAGCGCAUCUGUCCCAUCAGGUAUGGUCAGUAAACUUGAAAGAUGGAAACCAGUGUGGUGAGAAGUUUCGUUCCAAUCGUAACCUGGGUCUUAUAUUCUGGGGCAUCAUAGUUCUUUCCAAUUUGAUCAAAAUACAAACGGAUGAAAGUGAAGUUAGUGACAAUCAAACACCUCAGAAGAAUGUAAAUUCCUAA